AUGUACGGUUCCCUCAGGCGGAUCGCGCACAUUGUUGUCAUGGGACCGAUGAGAUUGAUUGUUUUCCUUGUCCCAAUCAGAGCUGGAGUCUGUAGGGGUCCAUUCCAAGACUCCAGAAACACCCCAGAGCUUGGACUGGUUGCCUCUGAAAUUUGCUACCCGCAUAGUAACAACGUAUCCGAUGGCCAGGCCAAUAGCCAGAAUGAGCCACACGAGUUUCAGACAUGCACUCCAUUUGAACCAUGGGAAGUGAGGGUAGUGUUUCCAGUAGAUGAAGUAAAGACUGAUAUUGCAGAUGGCCCAGAAGAGAUUGAGCACAAUAAAUAG